AUGAUGGAGAACUCCUCAGUGCUCCCUUCAAAUGCUUCAGAGGCCCUCUGGCCUACGUAUUCACCACCAUCUGCCAUCCAUCAGGCCUUCUGGAUCACCGCUCUCAUCAUCUUCUGCUUAGCCUUUGUCCUGGGCAUAACUGGCAAUGGGCUGGUGAUUUGGGUGGCAGGCUUCCGGAUGGCUCGCACAGUCACUACUGUCUUAUUCCUCAACCUGGCUUCAGCAGACUUCGCCUUCACUGCCUUUCUGCCAUUCAUCAUCAUUAAUGCGGCCCUGCAGCCCCGCUGGCCCUUUGGUUGGUUUCCAUGCAAGCUAAUUAGCUCCAUGGCUGUCUUUAAUAUGUUUGCCAGUGUCUUCCUGCUGACCUUCAUCUCUCUUGACCGCUGUGUCUCUGUCCUCUGGCCAGUGUGGGCCAGGAAUCACCGCACGCCUUGUCGAGCAGCCCUGGGUGCUGCAGGGGCCUGGACUUUUGCCCUGGCCUUCUCUGUCCCAACAUUCAUCUUCAGAAAUACAGACACCCUGGAUGAGGUCACUGUUUGCUUCCCUGACUUUGACCCCUGGAAUGAGACAGGAGAUGAUGACGAGUACUAUGAUGCCUUGACUGAGAAGCGCCAGUGGUCUCUGGUGCUCAGCCACUUCAUCCUUGGUUUUGUGAUUCCGUUCCUCAUCAUUAGUGUCUGCUACGGCCUCAUCACAGUCAGGCUCUGGAGUAGAACGAAGACCAUCAAAUCUAGCCGGCCCUUCAAGAUCCUCACAGCGGUGGUGUCUGCCUUCUUCCUCUGCUGGCUCCCUCACCAUGUGGUGGGCAUCAUAGAGGCUUCUACCUACCGCCAUGCACACCUUGCAGACGUUCUGCCUUACCUGAGCCCUUUCUCUUCCUCCCUUGCCUUCGUCAAUAGUUGCCUCAAUCCCUUGCUCUAUGUCUUCAUAGGCCGGGACUUCAGGGAGAGACUGUUCAGAUCCCUGCCAGCUGCCCUGGAGCGGGCUCUGAGUGAGGAGUCUGCCCCGACAGCCACCACAGCCAAUAGCUCCACUUCUGUACCUUCUGCCCCUGAUGCUGAAACGCAGGGUCUAUGA